AUGAACCCAGCGAGUCCCGAACAGGAACCCACAGAGGGUCCAAAAGUGGACACUGUGCUUCAUAUUAGCAAUCAAAGCAAAGAUGUCCACAUUCUAGCAGGACAUGCUCAGGUACUCAACCCAGUCACGAAAGAAUUAGAAGCAGUACAUGUCAUGCUCGACACGGGAGCUAAUCGAUCUUUCAUUAGCAAAGAACUGGCCGAUAAACUACGACUCCAAAACGUCGAGUCUCUUCGGCUGCCAAUAAGCACCUUCGGUUCACAAACACAAACACCACAAACACCGUUUGUGAAAGUAUGUGGUGUCACCGUACUACAGAUGUGGGUUGCGAGAGGAACACCACAUUCAUUCACGGUCACGAGGAUCGACGCGGUCACAGAAACGAUUCAGCGCAACAGCCUUAGUCUGCAAGACAAACGCUUCCUCUGUGACAACGAUCUGCAGCUGUCCUUACGUCCUGCCUCAACGAACAUUCAUCCACAGAUUCUUCUAGGCUGGGCGGAUCUCGUUUUACUUCUAGACAAUGGUUUGGCACUGCAAUAUGUCCUUCCUUCGGGACAACUAAUUCCCUCAAAACUAGGGUACCUAGUCGCUGGACGCAGAAACGAUUCUGGAGACGCCGCGAAAGAACACCAGGAAGCAGUCAUACACACCGCGAGCUCAAUAAUCGUCGACGACAAUUCGCAAUCGUGGGAGGACUUCUGCGCGUUUGAAUCCUCAGGGGUCGAAGAAUUCGCUGGUCCAAAAACAGAGGAGCGCAAAAGUCGGAAGUCUGGAAAACGUUCGAGGAAUCAAUUAAAAGGAAGGAAGAUGGGUACUGAGUGA